CGAGGUAUUCAGGACCUUAUCCGAAAGGAACGCUAGGAUUCCACUCCGUUUGCAUACACGUCACCAGGAAGUUUCUUGUAGGCCUACUACUGAGAGAAAUGUUGAGACAGGAUUCUGUAGAGGGCGACGUGCCCCUUUUUCACGAGGAUGAACACGAAGUCAGGGAGAGGAAAUCGAAAAUAAAGCACCCCCUGGCUUCCUUUUUUCACCUUUUCUUCCGAACUAUGGCCAUCUUGAGUUACCUCCUUUGUGAGCUCUUCAGCGGCAGCUUCAUAGUGAGCAUGGUAGCCAUCAUCCUAUUGCUGUCAUGCGACUUCUGGACCGUCAAGAAUGUGACGGGCCGGUUGUUGGUGGGCCUGAGAUGGUGGAACCAGGUAGACGAAGACGGCCAGAGCCACUGGGUGUUUGAAGCCAGAAAGGAAACCAGCAGAAAAACUGUUUCAAAUUCUGAAUCAAGGAUAUUCUGGUUGGGUCUAAUUGUGUGUCCAAUCUUCUGGGUAAUUUUUGUGUUCAGCACUGUCUUCUCCUUCAGGAUUAAGUGGUUGGGAGUAGUUAUCAUGGGUGUAACUUUACAAUGGGCCAACUUAUAUGGCUAUGUGCGUUGUAAAGUGGGUGGGGGCACCAAUCUGAGGACUAUGGCCACAAAUUAUCUGGGCCUUCAACUCUUCAAACAGACACUGAAUAAAACUGAGGAACCAUAGAUUGCCAUGUACUGGAAUGCCUCAUGAAGGAUGGGGUGGAACUUUGCACAUGUACUUUGAGGGAUCUAUUAUUCUAUUGUGGCAUUACAGUGGACAGAGGGCUCUUUGCUCUUUGUUUGAUACUUGUUUGUUGAUGUUAUCGGUUACUUUGAUGGCAAAAUAAAUAGAAAUAUGUGUUGUUUAUUUAUUUAUUACAUGGUAUUUUCUUAAAUGGUACAGAUCUAGGUAUCAUUCAAUUCAAUUUUAAUUGAAAGUAUAUUUGAAAUUGAAUUGAAUUGAAGGUACAGUAUCUACUUAACUGAUUAUCUAUAGUCUGUUGGAAAAAUUAAAUUAAUUUCCUAAAAUAGAAACCAAUUCAUUUGUAAUUCUCCAUGUUCAGCCUUUUAAUAAACCAGAAGUACCCUAA